CACCAUCACUGCUUUUCCUUCUCACAUGCUGCAGAUCCACCAUCCCUCCUCCUCCUCCUCCUCCUCUUUCUCUUUUUUCCCUCCUAUUUACGAAAACGUCACUUGAAGUCCCUCCCUGUUUGAAUCUCAUUAGUUUCUUGUGUGUUUCUCGCUGUCAAUAAUCCCGAAUCCAGACUCUCUCUAUUUCCAUCCCUCUCUAUCUGUCAAUCAGCGCCGCCUUUGAACUGAAAACCACUCCGACCAACUUCAACUCACUCAAUCCAGCGCCUCGGCUCCUUCUCCGGCUUCCCCCUUUACUGCCAACAUUCCCCCUUUUUCCUUUUUAGUUUGAACCGCCAGAGCUUUUGGACAACACUAGUGCAACCGACCCGGUGAAACUCGGGACUUUUCCCUCUUCUCAGAGAUCAAGUUGUUUUUUCUCCCAACUUUGCAGCCGCGCGCUCCUUCCUCCAGGACGGUUCCUGCUCGGGGAAAAUGCCGCAGCUCAACGGCGGUGGAGGUGACGACCUGGGCGCUAACGAUGAAAUGAUUUCCUUCAAAGACGAAGGCGAACAGGAGGAGAAAAUUUCGGAAAACUCGUCGGCAGAAAGGGAUUUAGCAGAUGUCAAGUCGUCGCUUGUAAACGAGUCGGAAACUAAUCAAAACAGCUCGUCGGAUUCCGAGGCGGAAAGACGGCCUCCGCCUAGGUCUGAAACUUUCAGGGACAAAACCAGAGAAAGUUUAGAGGAGGCUGCGAAAAGGCAAGAUGGAGGGCUGUUCAAGAGCCCACCGUACCCGGGCUAUCCGUUUAUAAUGAUUCCGGAUCUCACAAGCCCCUACCUACCCAACGGAUCACUUUCUCCGACAGCACGCACAUAUCUACAGAUGAAAUGGCCCCUGCUAGAUGUUCAACAAGGAGGUCUUCAAAGUAGACAAGCACUUAAAGAUGCCAGGUCGCCAUCACCGGCACACAUCGUUGGGCCCUUCUGCUGGGAAAUCCCUGGACAGUCAGAUCUGAGCCUUAACCAAUUUCAUUUGUCUAAUAAGGUUCCAGUGGUACAGCACCCUCACCAUGUGCAUCCUCUCACACCGCUGAUCACCUACAGCAAUGAGCACUUCACACCAGGGAACCCCCCUCCACACCUACAAACUGACGUGGAUCCCAAAACAGGAAUUCCACGGCCUCCACAUCCCCCAGAUAUAUCGCCAUACUACCCGCUGUCACCUGGCACGGUUGGCCAGAUACCCCAUCCUUUAGGAUGGUUAGUACCACAGCAAGGUCAACCUGUUUAUCCUAUCACGACAGGGGGCUUCAGACACCCCUACCCAACAGCGCUCACUGUCAAUGCAUCCAUGUCAAGUCUUCUGUCCUCUAGGUUCCCCCCACACAUGGUACCCCCUCACCACAGUUUGCACACCACGGGCAUCCCACACCCGGCCAUCGUCACACCCAACGUCAAGCAGGAAUCUUCCCACAGCGACAUCAGCUCCCUGAAUAGCUCGAAACAGUCAGAUGCUAAAAAGGAGGAGGAGAAGAAGAAACAGGUCCACAUAAAGAAACCACUGAAUGCCUUCAUGCUCUACAUGAAGGAGAUGCGAGCCAAGGUGGUGGCCGAGUGCACACUGAAGGAAAGUGCUGCCAUCAACCAGAUCCUCGGGCGAAGGUGGCAUGCACUAUCACGAGAGGAACAGGCAAAGUACUAUGAACUGGCCAGGAAAGAACGACAGCUCCACAUGCAGCUGUACCCCGGCUGGUCAGCGCGGGACAACUAUGCGGCUAACCAACAGGGGAAAAGGAAGAAGAGAAAAAGGGAGAAGCAGCAAGCAGAGAGCAACGAACACAGAGAAUAUUUUCCAAACCCUUGCCUUUCACUCCCUCCGAUUACAGAUGCAAAUACCCCAAAGAAGUGUCGUGCCUUGUUCGGGCUUGACCAGCUGAGUUUAUGGUGCAAACCAUGCAGGAGAAAAAAAAAGUGCAUUCGCUACAUCCAAGGUGAAGGCAGCUGUGCCAGUCCUCCCUCUUCGGACGGAAGCUUACUAGACUCCCCCCCAUCCUCUCCCUCCUCCGUUGUUCCCUCCCCCUCUGCAAAAGAGUCCAAACCUCAGACUGAACAAAUGCAACCUCUCUCACUGACUAUGAAACCAGCCCACCAGCCACUCCACCACCCGCACCUCCUGGCUGGGCCUCCACCUCCAUCUUUGGGUCAGUUGGACACAGCGACUCACAAAACGGCAGUGGCCUCCUCCCACAACGGAGCCCUGGAGCUCGGAGACGUCUCGUCGUCGCGGCAAUCGGGCUCCUCUGUGGCGUCGUCGAUGGCCCGGCCCUCACCAUUGCUGUGUCAUUCCCACUCGCUUCUCUCCUCUGCGGCCUCACAGCCUCUGUCACUGGUGACCAAGUCUAUAGAAUAGUCCUUUUCUCCUCCUCUUUUCUAACAACACACACCUUUGCUGUCAGUUUUUUUUUGUUUCUGUGCCACAUGGCUUCGAACUCUUUAGUUAUUGUUGUAUUAAAUUCAUUGGUCAAUAUUUGACCCAUCGUUAUUGAAAAUCAAAUUAUUAUACAGAAAGGAUACAAUGAGCUGUAGGAUAUAGCUUUAUGAAUUUGCCAAAUCUUUUAUUUUUUUUUUUGGUAGUUUUUACGUUUAGUGAUCAAACAGAAACUCUAAUUCAACUUCAAAAAUGUGUAAUAGACAGAUAUAAAGAGGCGGGGCGGGUUUAUUCAGUGAGCCCUUUUCAGAAAAGAGUUGGUUCUCCUUCUUUAUUUGUAUUAAAUACGAGCUUGCGAACCAAUCAUCUGUCAUCAGUGGGAACUCUGGGAGGGCGAGAGACCCCCACCUCCCUAAUGUAAUUGUGUUGUUACUUGUUCUUGUUUAAAUGUACAGAAUAACGGGGAUGAGGGGGGGGUACUGUGUUGAAUAUGCAUUCUUCCACUGCUUUGUCUGUUUUUCUUUGUUUACCUUUGGGGGCGGAGUCAGGAAAGUUUGGGUGGGCUUGAGGGGAGGUCGGGGUGGGCGGGUUGAGGGUUAUUCAAUUGAAAAUGUCACAACGCUAGGACCAGUAGUAUUUAUUGCUUUAGAGAUUGCUUGUUGUAUCUUGUACGUGUCUCUUUUUGACCUUUAUUUUCUUUCUAAAUAUGUUGUACAAAUAUUUUUUCUUAAAGUAAGCGACUUCUCUAAGAAUGAUCUGUUUUUACAAGGAGGUUUUGAAAAGGCAAAUCCUUUUUUUGUUUUGUUUUGUCAUCAAUCAAUUUUUCGCUGAAAACCUGGAAUUCCACUCUGUGUACUGUGUAGAUCUCAUGAACAGAAGUAUGCACAACUUCAUUUUGGAGAAAUUCUGCGUCUAUAAGCCAUUUAACAAAAAGAAGAAGAUUGAACUUGAAGCAGAGGCAGCGGGUACCGUGUCUUCAGUGGUCGGGAAAAUGUCUAAAAGCCCUUCUUUUUUAUUGCACAGUCACAGACUGUAGAUUUGUGUACAGAUUUUUCCGUGCCAAAAUUUCGUGACAAUUAAUUUCUGACCCUCUAACAAAGCAGUAGGGCCUUUAUUUUUUCUUUCAUUUUGAUACCAUUCUUUGCUGUGACGUUACAUAGAUUGCUAUGUAUGUAGUAUAAAUGUUGCUAUAACAAAUGUGUUUGGUAGCAAUUUGUCAAAUAUUAAAUUUAAACCUAAUAAAAGACGGACAUUGUGCUGUAUAAACCCUUGAGGGCCAAAUUAUGUAUAUUAGGAGGUUCAUAAAAAAAAACUAUUAAUACAAAAAAAUACACAAACUGCCACUUUUAAGUACACUACUACAUAUAGGUAGAUAGAAAAAAUAGGCAUGUUGAUGUUGCAAGAGGCUGUAAAAAAAGCUACAAGAGAAUCAUCCACUCGGUGCCAUUGUAGUUGACAUGACGCGACUGUAAUCUGUCUAUUUCUUCUCUGGUUUAUUAAGAUGCUAAUGAUAAAUAGUUUGAAUGUUUCCUUAACGGCUGUGAUGUUCCUGUUCUAUUUUAUGCUCUUAUCUUUUUUUCUGUUUGUUUUUUCUGUUAUUUUAAAUGGUUUCUAAACCAUGUUUUUUUGUAAUGAAUAAAUGUUUAUGCUGUACAGUCUCUGUAGCAUGCAGUUCUGUAUUAAUAAAAGCAACUUAGUAUGUG